UGUUUUUGUUUUGAUUUGCGUGUGGUGUACGUGUAAAAGAAUCUGGAAAAGUUUUGUCCAAUAUUCGCAUAGUCUUGGCCGAAUAAUUCGACGCAAUUUUGUGUGCGCCUUUGUGUAUGUCCUCGGAUAACGUUUGUGAUGUGGAAAAAGUGCAUCUGGUUCCGGUAGAGGCAACCAGUGCCGUGCAGGGCAGUGCGACUCGUGAAGAAAACAGCGAAAUUCCAAGGGAAUCUAUGUACUAAUGUCGUGGCUUAAGCUCAACGAUAGUUUGAAUAAGGUGAAGGGUCAAAUCACAAGCUUUGCGCAGGAGGUCCUAGCAGAGGGGAUAGUGAAUGAACCCGAACAGGACGAGGCUGCCGGCCGGUUUAAUGCGGUUUUGGAGCUCGACCAAGCCCAGCAGAAAAUUGGACAGCUAACGGGACUUUGUGCGACUCAGGAUCAAGAGAUUGCAACACUGCGCAAACAAAUUGCUGAAUAUCAACAACAGCUACAGUGCCAGCGUCAAUCGCCGAAGCCGCCAACCGAACUUCCUGCGUCGGGUUCGAAACUGCCCGACCAGCAGCAUGGCACGUCAACAUCUACCGUCGCGGGCACUUCCGCUGCGUCCCCCCUAGAGGACAGUUGGUUCUGGGAUCCGGAGCAGAAUGUGUCGUCCACUUCGUCUUCGUCGAAGAAGGGCGACGAGAAUGAUUCACCCCGUUCGGGAUCGGAUCUGACCACCAUUCCAUUGGAGACACCCGCCACCGAGGGCGAAAUAAUCGAACGGUUGCACCGGCAGCUGGCCGACAAGCGCCAGCAGCUGAAGAAACAACAGCUAGAGAAUGCACUGCUAGCCGAAAAACUGACCCAGGUGAGCAGCGAAAAUCGUGAACUCAACGAAAAUAUCGAGGCGCUCGAUAAGCAGCAAGAGCAGGUAGUGGAAAAUCUGCUGACUGUAAAGAAAGAAUUGCAGGACAGAUGUACACAGCUGGAGGAAGAACUGCGCGUGAAACAAGGAGAGGCAAGCGUAGCACAGGAGUUGGAUGAACUAAGGAAAAAACACAAACUGUUAGAGCAGAGCUAUGUGCAGUCGUGUCAUGAAAGUGUUCGCCUGAAGACUGAACUAGAAAGGAUAGUUGUUGAUAACGUCGAUACGGUGAGCGCGCUAGAACAUGAAAUUGAUGAACUUAAGAGUAGUCUUCAAACGGAAGAAAACAGACCCCGUGAUUCCACCGAUGCAGCAGAUAAAAAGAUCAAUGCUCUCACAGUGAAAAAAUCCAACCUGGAACAGCAGGUUGCAACACUGCGCGAUGAUACCGAAGUGAUCAGAAAUAAGCUUCAAGAAGCGGAAAACGAAUGUCAACGCAUGAAGAAGCUAGAAGCGGACUAUGAGAGCUUACAGAGCGAGUUAGAUGAGUUGAAGCAGAAAGCAGAAAACGAUGCAUACGUUCCUCUUCAAGAGGAAGAUCAAGCGGAUUUGGAAGAGCUACGCAGAACUUAUCAGGAACAAUUGGCUGAGGUCGAACGAUGGAAAAGCGAUUGCGAUCAUUUACAGGAAGAUAACUUAAUUUUGCAGCGAAAUGCUGAAAAUCUUCAAUCGAAACUUGCCAAGCUGGAGUCGCAGUUGAAAGAGAAGGAUGAACUGUUACUACAACAGACAGAACGAAAGCCGGUGGAGGAUGAACAGAAACAGCAGCUUCAGCGAGAAGUUAGCGAACUGCAGAAUGAGCUGCGAAGUGUGAUUAUUGAUAAUUCCGUGCAACUGGAUGCCAAGGAGAAGGAAUGGCAGGAGAAAUUGAACUUUUUAAAAGCAGAAAACUCACGUAUCCAGCACAGCAAGGACACUCUGGAGGCAGAUUUGAUACAGUAUGAGAAAGAAUGCGCAAGUCUGAUGAAGAACAACGAUUUACUGAUUGCGGAAAUUGAAAACCUUAAAAGCAAAAAGCUGGAAACAAUCAACGAAAAUGCCGAGGACAGCAUCAUUGUUCUGGAGAAGCAGUUGGAAGAUUGUAGUAUGCUGAACAAGAGCCUGGAAGAUGAAUAUAAUGAAGUCAAAAGAAAACUGGAGGAAGUUUUAGAGGAAAGAGAAGAACUAGAAUCGAAGGUGGAGAGCUUACAAAACACGUUGAAAGAACGAUCAAAGGGCGUCAAAGAUCUUCAGCUGAAGGUUGAAUCGCUUGAGAGCGAAAAAUCGCACCUAGAAUUGGAGAUUGCCGAAGCGCAAACUAAACCGGCCCAACAACAGGACACCGACGAUCAAAUUGAACUGUACCGAACACAAGCCGAGUCUCUCCAAGCUCAACUGACAACCAUAAACGAAGAUCACGCUAGUCUUGUACUGAAGUUGCAACAACUGCAACAAACCUCGGUAGAGAAUAUAAAACAAUCGGAAGCAAAAAUUUUAGAGCUGGAAACUUCUUUGGGAGCGAAUGAAAGAAUGAUUAAACAGCUGCGUGAGGAAUUACAGGAUAAAACAGAAAAAAUUGCUGAGCUUACAACCUCGGAAGAGAGUUUGAAAUUAAUACAAGAUCGACUAGAAGCCGAAACGCAAAAAUGCAUAGCUCUUGCGGCAGAAAAAGAAAACAUGGAAGCCCAGCAAAAAUCGAAACUAGAGGAAAUCGACCAACUUAAGAGUGAUUAUGAACGUCUGUCCCAAGUUACUAGUGGAAAACUGGCUGAGCAAGCGUCCAGUAUGGAUGCGUUAACGCAGCAAAAGGAAGACCUGGUUCAGCUAAUAACCACGAAGCACAACGAGAGCGUCCAAUAUCACGCGGAAAUCCAACGACUAAGUCAGCUACUACAAAUGCAACAAGUAGCUACGUCUGAGUGCCAGCAGUGCGCAGCACUUCGCGAACGUAUCGUCUCGCUUGAAGCUCAAACCGGAAAACUGGCAGAUUUUGAUCGAAUGACCGAUCAGAUUCAGUUUCUACGGGAGAAAUCUGACAUCCUUACAAACAAUUUGAUGACCGAGCAAACAAAUCAGAAGUUGUUGCAGCAGGAAAAGCAGGAACUGACUGAGCAGAAGAAUGGCCUUGCUCGAGAUCUGGAACGGCUGCGGCAGCAUCUGCUGGAAAUCGAAGAGGCACACACGCAGGAAACGGUCGAACUGCAACAGCGGUAUGAUGAAACAAGGGCCAAAUUGCAAGCUCUCGAGGAAGAGGUUAAACAUUCAACCAACGCGCUGACCUCAGCAAGCAUUCGCGCCAGCCAGCAUGCCGAAACGCUCCAGACCCAGUACCAGCUUUUACAGCAACAGCGGGACGAACUAGUUGCCAAACUGAAUGCUGCUGAUGAUCGAGAUCAGAGAAAUUUAGCUUCGCUUACAAAUUUGCAGUGCGCUUUAGAACAGUUCCAGAUUAAUAAGGAUCGCGACAUAGAGCUGGCCACGAGUGCCAUCCGCAAGCAGGUGGAGCAAUCACAAGCGCGGGAAAGUGCUCUCAAGGCAGAAAUUCGACAACUGCAGCAGCAGUUGAGCGACGCGAAGAAUGGUCUGCUGGCCGCCGCUAGAAUAUCUGACCAGUUGGAGAUUGCCCAAGUCACCGUUGCCACGCUAAAAGACGAACUGGCCAAAAAUAGCGAAAAAUAUCAAACUCUCGAGAGUCGCUUGCAGGCGACAGAGGCCGGCCAAGCGGAUAAAGUAGAGAAAACCCUGGUGAAGAAUCUGCUGAUCGGUUACAUAGUGGCACCAAACCAGAAUGAUAAGCAUCAAAUCUUGAAGCUCAUAUCGGCCGUACUCACCAUGGACCAGAGCGAGUGCAUCAAAAUUGGCCUAAACCGCCCCAGUGGCGGUUGGUUAAAUAACAUUCUAGGUGGCGGUGGCUCUCCACAAUCUGCAAAUAAUUACAACAAGGAAAGUCUGACGGAGGCCUUCGUUAAAUUUCUCGAGAAAGAGUCAACUCCCCGGCAGCCGAACACGGCCGGUUCCGGGCUGCUCAAUAUAAUGACCCACGAGCACCAACCGACAGCGACAUCGUCCAGGACGAAUACUCCCGUUCCUCAGCAACAGCAAACUCAGCAACCAACGGCGGAUCAGAACCAUAACCCGAUACUAGCGACUACGGGCGCGGUUCAGCCAGUACAACCAAUUUUGCUGGGGGAAACUACUCUACUACAGCAGGUGGGCUUUCAACCCGCACGGAGCUCCAGCUCUAUCCUGAAGGACAUACUCAGCGAUUCCUGAUUUGAGCUAUAAGUGCAACGUAUGAACUACCUGUACUAAGUAAGGUACGUUUCCAAUGCACGCUCUGUCGCCGUUCGCUAGUCGUCUCUGUUUGUACAUAUAAAUAGACAGGCUUUUUCGCCAAGAAGCUUUAUGGUUGACGUAUUAUUAAUUUAGACUGGUUGUUGCCGCCGUCAUGGUAUGAUUCGGUUUUUUAUGUUGUUUCUUUUUUUAACAUUUUUGUGCAAUUUUGCAAAGCGCCAAGCGAAAGGCAAAAGUAUAAACAUAAAUAUACGCAAGAUACUGGACUAUGCAAAGCCGGCAAACAUAAACCUAGGAUGUUUCGACCCUCUGAAUAAUAUUGCAACCAGAAGAUUAUAUUGAUAUAACUACUA